AUCAUCUGUUCGGCCUUUGUUGUGUUUGCGUUUACUCCUCCGUUCAGCAAAAAAUAACAAAAACGCAAUGGUUUUAAUAAGACCGGAAGAUUACUCUUGUGAUAACCCGGAUCCAGCGGUGGCCGUGUACAAAUCUAAAACCCCCAAGCAGAUUUUGGAAUUUUCAGAUGGAGUUUUGGAGGAAUACGAUACCGAUGAUGAAUUGAUUCCUGACCAAGCCCAACAAGAACAGAUCGUCGAUCCGGCUACAAUGACGUGGGGCCCUUGGAUGUUGUACAAAACCUGGGCUGCUGGUGCUUCCACCCUUUCAGUGGUGGACUAUGCGGGCGAGGUUCUGGCUUCCUUUUUUGGCAUCACUACACCUAGAUACUACUUUGAGUUGGAAGAAUACAAGAGGCGAAAGGCCCUGGAAGAGAAAGAAGAAGAAGCUAAAAGGGGAUGGGGCGAAAACAAACACGACGUGAUCGAGGUUGAAUUGAAGAGUGUGGAUACUGGUUCUGCUAAAGUUGAAGAAGUUUAAAUAAUGUUUAAUUUUAAUAUAAUAAUUGCUAAAAUAUAUAUAAACAGGAUUUUUUAAGACUAAAAGUAAUGCAGCACCUUGCAACAAAGGUUUAUUUUAAAUUAAAAGUUUAUUUUAAAAAAAUAUGUGUAUUACAAAUGCAAAAGCAGCAAAUAGGAAAAAAGUUUAAUAAAGAAUGAGACUAGGAAUCAUAUUUUAAACAUUUGGCCUUAAUUGUUUGGUGCCAAAAAAAUGUGGUACAAGAAGCAGAAGAUAUUUUUUUAAAUUUUCUCGUAAGGACAUUCCCUAUUUUGUAAUUUUUGUAUUGCUGUGAGUAGAGUAUACGUAUAAAAAAUAUGGCGACGGUUUUAUGUAUUUGCGGAGUUCUAACUUCAAAUAGAGAAAAUCUAUUUGUGUAGAUUUAGAGAUUGGUUUACAAUAUAAUGCUUAAUAUUUCACGCUGUUAAAUUUCGCUUGAAUUUUUUUAUUAUAAUUUAGUGUAUAAAUUGACUUUUAAUUAUGAUUGAAAAUCUAGAACCUUGUUGCAAAAAAUACGCUUUUUCGGUAUAGCCUUUUAUACCUAAAUAAUCAGAAUUACAUAAAAAUUUAAAAAAUCAUAUAGUCCAUUUUAAAUAUUAUCAGUCAUAAAACCUUAUCAAAUUUGAUUUAAUAAAUUACAAGAUGUAACUAUUGAAAAAGCACAGAUACAUAGUAAAACAUGUAAUUCAUUAUGAAACCAAAUAUUGCCAAAGAAUUUCUACAUUUCCAUUUAAAUCGUAUAUAGUAUACCUACCACUAUUACAAGGGUAUUUUAAUGUAAAAACAAAUAGUAGGUAAUAUAACACUCUUUGAUGUAAUUUCUUUAAAGAUAGAUAGUUUUGAUAUUGUUUUUGAAAUUCUAGACUAAUUCAUAAAGAAGCAUUAAAGAUUCAUUCUAAAAACACGUACACCGGAAUGGCGCUAGCAUAGUAUAAGAUAACGUAGGAGUCAAGGUUAUUUAUGUUGUAUAUUUUUUUAUGUUAAUAUUUUAUAUGAAUAAUUUACUGCUUGAUAGUACAAAA